AUGGGCUACGAAGCGAAUAAGUACCGGUCAUGGCUGCCGAACUUCCUCAAGAAGUCGACUCAAGAUGACGCCACGCCUGAUGAGCGAACAUCUCUUCUCCCAGACUCGCAGCAUGAGGAAUGGUCUACUGGCGAAACCCACGAGCUCGAUGAUGACACUGCAUCAAAGUCCCAACUUAUCGUCCACGAGUUCUGGGUACUGUUCAAAGGAUCACUUCCCGUGGUCGUAGCAUACGCGUUGCAAAAUUCCCUGCAGACAGUAUCUGUCCUCAUCGUCGGACGCCUCUCGCCAGAAGCAUUGGCUACCGCUGCCUUCUCGUAUAUGUUCGCAAUGGCUACGGGUUGGCUCGUCGCUCUUGGUGGCACGACCGCGAUCGACACGCUGGCUUCUGCCAGUUUUACCGGAAGCAAGAAUCGGCAUGACCUGGGUAUCAUCCUCCAGCGCGCAUUCGUCGUUCUUCUACUGUUCUACAUACCCAUCGCUAUCGUGUGGUUCUGCUCCGAGCCGCUCUUCAAAGCGCUCGGCCAGGAGGACUAUAUCGCCAGAGACUCGGCGAGGUUCCUCUCGGUGCUUGCCCCAGGCGGUAUCGGAUACGUAUAUUUUGAGGCGUUGAAGAAGUAUAUGCAGGCUCAAGAAAUCAUGAGACCCGGCACAUACGUCCUAUUGAUCACCUCCCCCCUCAGCGCCGGCCUGAACUACCUCUUCGUGUACACUUUCCAAAUGGGCCUUCUCGGCGCUCCGCUCGCUACCGGCAUCGCAUACUGGGCAUCAUUUCUUUUGCUGCUCGCAUAUGCUCGCUUCGUCGAUGGAUGGCAAUGCUGGGGCGGUUGGGACCAAUGGUGGGCGUUUGAGAUCGUUGCGCUUGUUGCAGGCAAACUCGGCACGAUACCACUCGCCGCGCAAAGUGUCAUCAUGACCACGGACCAAGUCAUGAACACCAUUCCUUUCGGAGUUGGUGUCGCUACCUCGUCGCGUGUCGGAAACCUCCUCGGCGCACGCAAUGCCAAAGGCGCCGCCAGAGCUGCCAACGUGGCUGCGGUACUUAGUAUGCUGCUCGGUGCGCUUGUACUGGCUGUCCUUAUGGGCGUCAAAGACUUUUACGCCAAGAUCUUCAACGACGACGACGAGGUCAUCAAGCUCACUGCAAAGGUAAUGCCUUAUGUUGCGCUUUUCCAAAUUGCAGACGGACUCAACGGCAGCUGCGGAGGCGCCCUCAGAGGCAUGGGUCGACAGCAUAUUGGAGCGACGGUAAACAUUGUCAGCUACUACUGCGGAGCUCUGCCACUCGGCAUUUGGCUUGCUUUCCACGGCUGGGGACUUGGCGGCUUAUGGGUAGGCCAAUGCAUAGCCCUGUAUCUUGUUGGAUUUGCAGAAUGGGCGAUCGUUGCUUGGAGUAACUGGGACUACCAAGUCAAGAAAGCUUUCGAGCGGAUGGAUUCGGAUGACAGGGCGGAGCUGGGCGUGCCUCCAGAUGAAGCAGCGCCGGUACACAGAUAG